UGCACCAAAACAAAUUCCUUGUACGUGUAAACCUACUUGGCAAUAAACCUGAUUCUGAUUCUGAUGUCCAUGCUGCUGUAUCACUGAUAGUAAGGAAAAUGGGCACGCGAGCAUAAAAAGGGAACCAUGAUGCAAUGGCCAAAGGUGGAUGAAUUACAUUUUCUGCAACAUCAUAUGGAUGGAUGGGGCCUUGUAUGUCAUUGACCUGGAAAAGACAUAGCACCAGGAUGCAUUUUCGGAAGAAAGCAAGCUGUUUAUCAAAAGCAUCCGAGAUGGACCACCACUGGGUUGCAACAUCAUGGCUAAGUGACGUGGGGCUGCCUCAAUACUCUCAAAUCUUCCAGACUAAUUUAGUAGAUGGACGAGUGCUCAACUCUCUUAGCCGCAGGGACCUGGAAAGAUUCUUCAACAUCACUGACCAUUUCCACCAGACCAGUCUUCUUCUGGCAAUUCAGCUCCUGCAGAUGCUCAGCUUUGACAAAGAGGCCCUGCAGGCACGACGGACUAAGUGUGAGCACCAAAACAGGGACACCAUUGUUUGGACAUGUCACAGAGUGGCGAAGUGGAUCAGAGACAUAGACCUUAAGGAAUUUGCAGACAAUCUUCAGGGUAAAGGGAUUCAUGGCGCAGUGAUGGCUUUGGACCAGUCCUAUAACACGGAUGUAAUGGCCAAAGCACUGGGAAUCCCCAGCAACAAACACAUGCUGCACAGGCACCUGUACGAAGAGAUGAAGAUACUGGCUAUCCCACUUAGUAAUGCAGAACAGGAGACUGAGGUUGUCAAUUGUUCUUCACCUGUGGCAGUCAACCGCUUUGCUGAAGAGAGGGUGUCGAUCAGAAGAUCAGGAAAGAGUCCAUUGAGGCUACGUGCAAACAGCCACUCUGUGGAGCGCAGUCUGGGCUUCCACAGCAGCUGUGGCUCUUUACCCAGAGAGGCCAAAGUGCAGGCUGUUCCCCGGGCCAAAGGCAGCCCAAUGCACACCUUCAAGAGUGUGGAAAUCACCAAUGUGUGAACAAGCCAUCAACAUCUUUAUCACUGUUUACACUGUUGUUGCUUUAUAAUUGUUGAGAGGACCAACAUUCUGCAAUGCUGGACUUUUAAGUUUUCUUAAAGAGGAGCAUACCACACAGUUUGAUAAAUCAGAUUUUUUUUUUUUUUUUUUUUUUUUUGACCAACAUGGAAAUAACGCCCCUGAUAUAGUUAUUGUAAAUAUAAUUAAGAAGAUGAUUUUAUGGUUAGUUAUUUUUGUUUGUUUGUUUGUUUGUUUUAUUAAAUAUUUCAAAUCAUUUUUAUAAAAUAUUAGAAAAUCUAGCUGACUGACUCAUCAUAGAUGAGAAAGCUUAGGAAUAACAUUCAGUGCUCCGUUGAUGCCUUAUAUAAAGUAGGUCUCACAUGAUCUUUGAAGCACUCAUCUAUAUGAAUAUUUAUUUACUUAAACUAUUUUUAAAAUGCUGGUUCAUGUCUCAGUAACUGAACAUGUAACCUGAUGAUAAAUUGCUAUUAAAGUAUAGGAAAAGACAUUAUAAAAUGCUUUAUCUCAGAAAUGACCAGGGCCCUGUUCUUCCCACAUGAACUAUUAAGUUAACCAGACAAGAAUUAUGUUUAUUAAAAAUUAACCUGGGUUUAAAUAGAUGUUUUUUUUAUUAUUAUUGUUAUUAUUUUUAAAUACAUCGGAAGUUGUUUUAAUAGCAAAAAUUCCUAACCUAAAAUUUUGCAUGUUUAGUGACAGCUAUACUGUGUUAAAUAUGUUUUGAGGGAACCAGUUUGGCUAAAAUUAUUAUUUUUCAUUUCAUACAGUAUUUAUAUAAUUUCAAACAAGAUAGAAGAGAUAAACUCAUUCUUCGUGGUUUUUUUCUUACUUUUGAAUGAAACCAUGCUUGUUUAUCUAAAUCAAAUUCUAAGGCUGUUUGAUACAUAAGCAAAUACCAGGAGUCCAAUACAUUACUGACUUUUAUAGACUUACCUUAUAUUUAAAUGACAGAGGCUGAUCACAUGUUGGUAUAACUAUAAAAAGCUAAUUUGCCUUAAUAAACUUACUGUAUACAUAAAAAAAACAUACAAUCAAUCAAAGAUCUGUGUUGUAAACAAAAAAGCCAAAUGUAGUGUACAUUCAUACGUUAAUUAAGCAGACACUCAACUAAAAGUUUCAAAUUGUUAAAGGAUCAGCAAAAACAGAGUGUGUGCAAUUUAAUUUGACAUUAAAAUAUGAAUGUAUUAUUAAAGUAUUAAAAGAUUUUAAAGUAUAAAUUGAAAAAUGUCAGUUAAAGUCAAAUGGCCUUACCCCUUAAAAAGUCACUUGUUUGGCCUGAGGUAACGUUCAGGGUGUUGAAUCAAUGGAAACAUUCAAAAUUACAGCUGGAAAAUGUAAUAACAGAUAUACAGUAUAUUGAGAGUUUCUCUUUCUUUUUUCUUUUUUUUCACCAUGUGUUGCAAAGGUUCUUGUCUAAGUGCAAUCAUACAAUCAAUACUGAUAAAUUAAAGAUGAUCUGUGUUUGCUUCAUCAUUAGAGUGUACAACUCUGUAAGAAGUUUCCCUUUCAAGUUUUUUGAUUUAGACUCAUGUAGACGGGUGAGUGGAAUUGAUGCCACACAAUUAGUAAAUGUUAGGGUUUGAAUCUCAUGUAAAGCUUUUUUUAUUUGGACCUAGUUUACAUAUUAAUUUUAUUAUUUCUAAUAUGAUUUCAUUUUUUCCUUUUUUUAAAAAUCAGCUUGAUAUGAGUAACAAAACAAAUUGAUUACAUUAAGUAAAAGUAAGAAAAAUGUCAUUUUGAUGUAAAUAGAUUAUUUAACAACUACAUGUUGUAAAUCUUUUAAGCUGUGAGCCCCAGAAGAAAACAUCCUAUAUGUGAAUCUUCACACAAGAUUAGUCCAUAAACUUCCUUUAAGUAAAAAUCCUACGUUACCGUUCAGCCAUGUUCAAAGAGCAGGGCCCUGAAAACCAUAAAGCACAUGCAAAGUAAUGUUUCCUUUCUUAAGCAGGUAUAAUACAUCUACACAUCAGUCAUAUAUUUACUAAGUUAAAACUGAUCCCUGUGCUUUUUUAUUUUACAUGGAUAUAAAUUAUGAAGUGAAUUAUCACCACUGAAUUCAACCUGUGUCAAAUGUAGAUAAAACAUGCAGAUGAAUGUUGGGAUGUAAAAGUGAUAACAUAUAAAACUGAAUGUUCCUCAUGUGUUUUUUUUUUUUUUGUUUUGUUUUGUUUUUCUUAAGAUAAAAAAGCAACACUGUUUUAGUGAAUGAAGUGAGGGAUAUAGUGGUAUAAGUCAUGGUCUAUCUACACACAACUGUAUCCUGUUGGCUGUUCUAGACCAAGAAAACACUAUUGUCAUAGUUUUGUUUUGCAAAUCCAGAACAUGGUACAAAACAGGUUUUUCUGCUACUUUCUGGGUGUCUCCCAGUUGUCUUACCAAGAUUUUUUAAGAGGGAAGCUCAGACCUGUUCAAACGCGUAUAGAAAAAGAAAUGAAGUACUCACACUGUGUUUGUUUUUCACACUCAGAUUUGACAUUUAAAACUCCUCGCCCAGCUCUCAGCACUUUUCAUAUAUGACAACAUUAAAGUUGAAAUUACUGUUAACUGUAAGCCUGUUGCUGUUGUUUUUCAGGGAAAAUGCAUUAAAAUUUGUGUUGACAAACUGUGAA